AUGGCAACCAAAGUCAUCUACAAUGCAAGAUCAAUCUCGCGACCCGAGUCCCAGGAGGAGGAUAUUCCUCCAUGGAAUGUUCCCAGGCUGUCAGAUCGCUCGGCCGACGAGAGCUACAAGCUGUUCUCCAAGGUCCAGGUAGCCGAUCCGACGCCAGAAGAAGCUCGUCGAAUCCGCAACAAGCUGCUUUGGAGGGUUUUACCUUUCCUUUGCGUCGGAUACCAUCUGAUGUAUGUCGAUAAACAAACUCUCGGUAGUUCAGCAAUCCUUGGAAUAUUGGAAGAUGCACAUUUGGACGCCAACCAAUACAAUUGGCUGUCAUCCAUAUUCUACUUCGGUUAUAUGGUGGCAGAAUUGCCGCAGAACUGGGCUCUUCAAAGAUUUCCUGUUGGCAAAUGGCUGGCUGGAAAUCUCAUCGUCUGGGGUGGUAUUACGCUGCUGCACAUACCGUGCAAUAAUUUUGCGUCUUUGUUCGUUGUUCGGUUUCUUCUUGGACUCAGUGAAGCCUGCAUAGUACCGGCAUUUCUGCUGUCCAUGUCCAUGUUUUUCACCUAUCAAGAACAAGCCGUUAUGAUGUCUGUUAUGUGGUCUAUCGGCAACUCAAGCCCCAUUACAUCUGGCUUCUUGUCAUACGGUGUCCUAUGGAUCGAGACGGGGCCAUUUCACCCGUGGAAGUGGCUUAUGGUCAUUACCGGCGUCAUCACGAUCAUCUUUGGCCUUUUAGUAUUCUUCUUCUAUCCUGACAGCCCCCUUCAUGCCAAGUUCUUGACUCCUGAGGAACGAGCGCAAGCCGUUCUGCGAAUCAAGGGCAAUAAUUCCGGCAUCGAACAGAAGCAGUUCAAAAAGCACCAGUUCACUGAAGCCAUCAAAGACCCCAAAACAUGGCUUUUUGCCUUACAUGCUUGGUCUCAAGAAAUGGGCAAUGGCAUCAACAACCAGACGUCGCUAAUUAUCAACUCAUUUGGCUUCACGGUGUUUCAGACCACAUUGCUCAGUACUGUAAGCGGAGUCAUAGCAUUUUUCACACUCUCUGCAGCGGCCAUCGCUUUACACUGGACUAAGAAGUCUCGAGCGUGGAUAUCUUUAGUUGCCUAUAUACCAGCUGUCAUAUCCAGCAUACUACUUUUAACGCUCCCGUGGUCGAACCGUUGGGGUCUAAUUGUUGGCGUAUGGCUCAGGUACACAACUGGCGUCCCAUACGCCGUUGUCAUGGUUUGGGCAGCAAAUGCCUCCGCCGGACACACUAAGAAGACUGCAGUCAUCGCCCUCUACCAUAUCGGAUACGGACUGGGAAAUAUUAUAUCUCCUCAGCUGUUUCAGCCGCGCUGGAAACCUCGAUACAAGCCGACCUGGAUAAUUCUCCUCAUUGUCGCUGCUAUCCUGCCAUCUAUUAUCAUAAUCACCCUUCGCCUAUACCUUCAUCGUGAGAAUAAGCGGCGCGACAAACUUGAAGCUGAAAGCCUCGUGGCCGACAACGGCAUUGUCGAAACCACAAAUGGGGACGGAACAACAAUGACUCGUAUGGUUGAUAAUAACCAACUUGAUCUAACAGACAGAGAGAAUCUGAAGUUGUGA